CCAUGUUAACCCAAGAUGGUCACAGAGUCAUUUUAGAGAAGGUAGAUGACUGGAACGUGGUGGAGCUGCUAGUGAAUGGAGAAGUUGUCUUCCAGUGCAACAUUAAUGACCUGGACUUUGGAGGUGAUGGUAAACUGGACCCACUCUGCGAACAGGCCAGGAUAGCUGUGCUAAAUGCCUACUGA